AUGAGUUGGACAGGAUAUAUCACCGGAGAAGGAGGACUUUUGGCACAGUACAACCGAAUCGCCUGUGCCGGUAUUUUCGGCAAGAAUGGAUCAACCUAUGCUCAGGCUGGCAUGGACCAUGUCCAGACAAAUUACACCGAGAUCCUUUCCCUUGCCGCUCUUUUCACUGAUCCAGCUUCAGGAUUCUCGUCUGGAAUUGAAUUCAACGGCAAGUCAUUCGCUCUCCUUCGAGUUGAAGACAAAAUCCUGCACGCGAAAGGAAAGGGAGAAGGAGCCAUGUACCCAAUGACCGUCCAAAUGACGCAGCAGGCUAUGGUCAUCGCAAUCGGACAUCACGACGCCUUCGCUGGCUCCGUUUCCGCUGCUGUUGGUAAAAUCGCCGACUAUUUAGAAGAUAACGGAUUCUAA